CUUUCCGCGUCGGAGCGGGCGCGAGCUGCGUUUCCGCCUCUGAACCGUGGCACUGAGGCCAUGGGUAGCCAAGAGGUGCUGGGCCAGGCAGCCCGCUUGGCCUCCUCGGGUCUCCUGCUGCAGGUAUUGUUUCGAUUGAUCACCUUUGUCUUGAAUGCAUUUAUUCUCCGCUUCCUGUCAAAGGAGAUCGUGGGCAUAGUGAAUGUCAGACUAACCCUGCUUUACUCAACAACCGUCUUCCUGGCCAGGGAGGCCUUCCGGAGAGCCUGUCUGAGUGGGGGUGCCCAGCGGGACUGGAGUCAGACCCUCAACCUCCUGUGGCUAACGGUCCCCCUGGGUGUAUUUUGGUCCUUACUCUUGGGCUGGGUCUGGUUGCAGUUGCUUGAAGUGCCUGAUCCAAAUGUGGUCCCCUACUAUGGAGCAGGAGUGGUGUGCUUUGGCCUCUCAGCAGUCGUGGAACUUGUGGGAGAGCCUUUCUGGGUCUUGGCACAAGCACAUAUGUUUGUCAAGCUCAAGGUGCUUGCUGAGAGCACGUCAGUUAUCCUCCGGAGCGUUCUGACAGCUUUUCUGGUGCUGUGGCUGCCUCACUGGGGUCUAUACAUUUUUUCUCUGGCUCAGCUUUUCUAUACCACAGUUCUGGUGCUCUGCUAUGUGAUUUAUUUAAUAAAAUUACUGCGUUCCCCAGAAUCAACCAAGCAACAGACUCUUCCUGUCUCCAGAAUAACACAACUAUUACCCAGUAUUACAAGAAGCAGAGCAUUUGUCAAUUGGAAAGAGGCUAAAUUGACUUGGAGUUUUUUCAAACAGUCUUUCUUGAAGCAGAUUUUGACAGAAGGCGAGCGAUAUGUGAUGACAUUUUUGAAUGUAUUAAACUUUGGCGAUCAGGGUGUGUAUGAUAUAGUGAAUAAUCUGGGGUCUCUUGUGGCUAGGCUAAUUUUCCAGCCAAUAGAGGAGAGUUUUUAUAUCUUCUUUGCUAAGGUGCUAGAGAGGGAAAAGGAUGCCACACACCAGAAGCAGGAGGAUGUUGCUGUGGCUGCUGCGGUUUUGGAGUCCCUCCUCAAGCUGGCUUUGCUAACUGGCCUGACCAUUACUGUUUUUGGCUUUGCCUAUUCUCAACUGGCUCUGGACAUCUAUGGAGGAGCCAUGCUUAGUUCAGGAUCAGGUCCUGUGUUGAUGCGGUCCUAUUGUCUCUAUGUCCUCCUGCUUGCAAUCAAUGGUGUGACUGAGUGUUUCACAUUUGCUGCCAUGAGCAAGGAGGAGGUUGACAGGUACAACUUCACCAUGCUGGCACUGUCUUCCUCAUUUUUGGUCUUAUCCUACCUCCUGACCAGCUGGUGUGGCAGUGUGGGCUUCAUCUUGGCCAACUGCUUUAACAUGGGCAUUCGGAUCACACAGAGCCUGUACUUCAUUCAUCACUACUUCCAGAGGAGCCCCCACAGACCGCUGGCCGGCCUGCACCUGUCACCAGCUCUCCUGGGGGUGUUCGCCCUCAGUGGUGGGAUUACUAGUGUUUCAGAGGCAUUCCUCUGCUGUGAGCAGGGCUGGCCUGCUCGGCUGGCACACAUCGCUGUGGGGACCAUCUGCUUAGGAGUGACCCUUGGGACAGCGUUCUUCACAGAGACCAAGCUGAUCCACUUUCUCAGGACUCAGUUGGGUAGAUCCAGACUCCGUGACAAAAUGACAUGACUUUGAUGAUGCUUUGGCACUUGGCACGUGGACCCACCAUGGACUGGUUCUUGGACAACAUGUGUUGCUCUGUAAACGUCCUGCUGUGGAGCGGGAGCCGCCCUGGAAGUGAGACGGCAGAGGAGAUACCACCCAGUUGAAGUCCUCCAGCCAAAGGAGGACUGUCCCUUUACGUGAAGAACAACAGCCCAUUUUGCUAAUGAAUUAAUUCCCUCUGCGUGGGAUUGACCUUUGAA